GUUUCACGAGUCCACGAGAACAAAAGUCCACACAAGAACGCAUAUUGAGAAAGGGCCCUGUUGUUGAAACACUGACGGAAGUACAACUGUUUAUCUUCCGGUUAAGUAAUUGCCUGAGAAGUGUGGUUAAACGCUAGCUACACGUUACCCAGACGCUGGACAAAAUGUCUGGUCGACUUUGUAUUUUCUAAAUAAGAAACAAACACCCAGUCCGUCGUAGCGGUGCCUGCUUAUCCAGCGAGUCGAAGUGAAGCUGCUCCAUAUCUCCUGCUUACCAAGCUAACUCCAAUGCUAAUGCUAACACUAGCUGCCCGUUGAGCGACACUGUUGGACGUGCUGCUGAUGCUACACGAGCCAUGGAGGGUCCGUCCUCUGUCCGGCCCGCCUCCCGGGCCUGGCUGAGAGACUCCGGCGGGGAUGCAGAGUCAGACCGGGACAUAAAAACACACUUUCGCGUCUGUCGCUUCAUUAUGGAGACCGGAGUGAAGCUGGGGAUGCGCUCGGUACCCGUGGCCACGGCCUGCGUGUUGUACCACCGCUUCUUUCAGCGCGUCAGUGUGCAUGCCUACGAACCCUACCUGGUGGCCAUGAGCUGUGUGUACCUGGCUGGCAAAGUGGAGGAACAGCACACCAGGACCCGUGACAUCAUCAACGUAAGCCACAGGUAUUUCAACAGUGGCAGUGCUCCUCUAGAGUGUGACAAGGAGUUCUGGGACUUGAGGGACAGCGUGGUGCAGUGUGAGCUCCUCAUCCUCCGCCAGCUCAACUUCCAAGUCUCCUUUGAACACCCCCACAAGUAUUUACUCCACUACUUGUUGUCCGUGAAGUCACUGGUGAACCGCCACGGUUGGUCUCGAACCCCUGUAGCCGAGACAUCCUGGGCCUUGCUUAGAGACUGUUACCAUGGCGUCAUGUGCAUCCGCCACAUACCACAGCACAUUGCCAUAGCAACGUUGCACCUGGCUCUAAACAGCUACGGAGUGGAGCUGCCUGUUGGGGAGAAGGAGUGGUGGAAGGUGCUGUGUGUGGGCGUGACCAAAGCACACAUCGACGCCGUAGUGUCCGACCUCCUUCAACUCUACGACAUGGAGGCCAGGUGUAUCUGAGAGACACGCCAACGCUGGGGACUCCUGAGAGUCGCUGCGCGUGUGUGAGAGAGGAAUACUGGAUGCUCCAGUUGGUCUGUGAGAACACCCACCGCUCUGCAGCAUACACUUGUGCUCUGGAGUUUAUCAUCAGCACCAGAAAUAAAUGAGCAAAGUGUCUUCCAUAGUCUGCAUUGAACAUUUGAGCCACGUUACAGAGCCUGAAUGUUUGUAUUAUUUUGAGAAUUGUAACAUACAACUAACUUUGAAUCUGAUAUGAACCAUUGAUGUGCAACAGUGUUUGUUUAAAUGAUGAGAGCAAAUUAAAAGUAACGUAUUUGGUUCCUUUUUACCUUCAAACAUGUGUACGUUUUCAGUAUAUCCAUAAAGCGCAGCCACUCGCAGAGACUUCAUAAACGAGUGGAAAUGUUGUGUUUAAUUUGAUGCACCAGACCAAGCAGAAGAAAAUAUGUGGGCAGAGAUUCUACUGGAUGAAUUUUACUAAAGACUACAGUUAAAAGAGCAUUGUUUUUAUUUGGCCAUUUGAGCAAAAUGAACUCUGUUGGAAAUAUGUUAUUUUAUGUUUUCUUCUUGUCAAUAAAUGCCAUAAAACUACUGAAAGCAACACUGAAUUGAUACAAGCGCAGUCUGUGAAUAAAAUUCUGAUGUAUCUUA